AUGGAAUUAACAGGCCUUUCCGAAUGCACCCCCGACGGUCAUGUUAGCAUAGAUGUCGAAAAGCCCUGCAACCCCGAUGCAGUUCCUCAGCUCAUCCAUGACGUUGUCUCAGCUGCCGAUGCCUUCACCGCCGGAAGCCUGAAUGCUCGGCAAGAGCUGCUAGUCAAACUGAGGACUCUGACUUCAGCUGUUGAAACCCCUCGAGAGACAGUUCUGAGGCACUGUUGGACAAUGACCAGCUCUAUCGGAGCUCUUGCCUUUGGCGUCGACAGCGGCUUGUGGAAAGCUAUGGUUAAAAAUGGCGACAGACCACAGACUGUCCAGGAAUUGGCCAAUGAAAUUGGAGCAGACCCUGUUCUCCUCGCUCGUUUGCUGCGCCACUUAGGUGCUAUGGGUUACAUUGACGAAACUGGACCUGAUGAGUAUCAGCCCACCGUCUUCUCAAAAUCAUUGAGUAUCCCUACGGUUGGCAACGGACUAAUCGGACUGACCUGCACUACCGGUGCCGCCUCGCUCAAGUUCCACGAGUACUCUCGUAAGAGCGGAUGGAGGAACCCCAUUGACUCGAAGGAUACUGCCUUGAUGUAUGCGUAUAAAACAGAUCAGGAUAUGUUUUCUUGGGUUCAGACUCAAGGCUACGGGUCGCACUUCAAUGACCACAUGGUCGGUUAUCAUCCAACACCGUGGAUAUCAACUGGCCGAUAUCCGAUCGACCAGCGACUGAUUGAAGGUGCCGAAACAGCCGCCAACGCACCUUUUUGGGUAGACAUCGGCGGUUGUCUUGGUCAGGAUCUCAGAGACUUGAAACAUCAUUACCCACAUGUACCGGGGCAGUUAAUCCUCCAAGACCUCCCUGCCAUCAUCAACCAGGUCAAGAAGAUGCAUCCAACUUUUUACGCUAUGGAACAUGACUUUUUCACAGAGCAGCCCGUCAAAGGAUCCCGUGCAUACUACAUGCACUCCGUCCUCCAUGACUGGCCCGACGACGUAUGCCAGAUCAUUCUCGGUCACAUUACCCACGCUAUGAAACAGGGUUAUAGUAGGCUUCUCAUCCACGAGCAAGUUGUCCCUACGACUAAUGCGUCUUGGGAGACAACGGCGCGAGACAUUAUGAUGAUGACUAUGUUCUGCUCACAGGAAAGAAGUGAAUCCGAUUGGCUGAAGUUGCUGGAGGAAAAGGCAGGUCUGAACGUUAGCAAGAUUUGGAAGCUAGACCUACCGGAUGAGUGUCUUAUCGAGUGUGAACUGCCUUAG